CGAGAUAUAUCGAUGAUAAGAUAUCCGCGGAUGCUGCACUGGGAGAAGAUGAUCUCCAGUCGCGUUUGAAAUUUUCCAAAUAUACCGCGAACAGAGACCUCGAUCCAAUGCGCGUCGAGAGUGACGCGGCGCGCAUGUCACGUCAGCUGGCCGCCGCAAGGUCGGGGUCCCGCUCGGGCUGGAGCGCGCGAUGCCGCCCGUUAGCCGCGGGUAGCAGUUGCUCGAAGCCGGUCGCAGUUCGCGCUGGUCUGCCCGAUUAUCCGCGACGGUGGCAGACAGGUAGGUGUUGUUUUCCGUGACUCGUGAGAGAGAGAAAGAGAGAAGCGAACGGUGGUGUGAGCGAUACGUCAAAGUGCCCAAGUUUUUCGACGCCGACGACGGAAUGGCAGCGGUAUCUUGCCGGGCGAUAUUCGUCGUGAGAUGGUGCGAAAUGAGCCGCGUGUUAACCGCCACGUCCUGCCUGGCCGCGACGAGAAGAUACCGAAAGGAAACAUGGUGCAGACGAUGGUGGCACAUUUCUCAAAGGAGUCUCUCCCUAUCGGCCAGUUCUUACUCGCCGAGGUUAAAUCCGCUUCUGAUGAAGCAACUAAAAGAGCCUAAAGCCACGGAAAAACAAGCAAAAAGAACUGCGAGAGCUACGUCAACUGAAAAGAUAGAUAUUGAAAGUGCUGAUGUGGAUGUCACCGUGGCAUAUUACCAAGGGCUUCCCAGAAUCACGGUGCCUCUUCCAUCUAGAAGAGAAUAUUGCUCGUUUACCAUGAAACCAAUAACACAUACAGUCGGCAAUUUUUUAGAUAUGUUGAAGACAGAGGAUCGUGGCAUUGAUCGAGCAUGCAUAACAUCGUUAGAUGGCGUCAGAAUAUCUUCCAGUAAUACGAUAGAAUCGCUUUUAGAAGGGGAUUUCAAAUUAAUAAUAAACGAUAACGAAUAUGUUGUUUCACCACCGUUGCAAGAAAGGUGCACGAUAGAGGAUCUUCAGAAACUUGGAGAUGUACAAGCACUCGUUGCACAACUUUAUGAAGCGUUCCACGUGCGAGAAUAUCAAGUCGACAUGGAAAGAUCAGUUGUGGCCGAGCUAGAAGACAUUAGAUUACAAUUAGUACCCAUGGAACAGAAAUUGCAAGAAAUACAAAAUGCCGCUUAUAAAAAGGCAAAUUUCUUUAUUUGGACGUUCCUAAUUAUGAUGUCAAUCCAAUUUGGAGCAUUAGCCAGAUUAACCUGGUGGGAAUAUUCAUGGGAUAUAAUGGAGCCUGUCACUUAUUUCGUUACUUAUGGCACUACUAUGAUGUGGUUUAUUUAUUACCUCGUCACUAGACAGGAAUAUAUGCUGCCGGAUGUGUUAAAUAGACGUCAUCUCAUAGUACUUCAUAGAAGAGCACGGAAAAUCGGUCUCGAUAUUAACUUGUACAAUUCGUUAAAGGAUCGAGCCUACGAAUUAGAAACCACCUUGAAAGUUAUUCGUGGUCCUUUACACGAAUAUAAGACUGAAAAGGAACGUAAGCAACGCGCCAGAUCCAGUUCCAGUAGCUCAAGAUCGCCGAGUUCCUCGCCUAGCCCCAGCCCCAGCCCCAGCCCCGAAAGAGAUGUUCCUAAAACCACGCCAGAACUGAAUGUUCCGAAAAAACAUCCCGAGGGAUUUAAAGUUUAGUCUAGGUUGGGUGAAAGUUGAAUCAAAUUUUGUCAAAUUUAAUUCAACAUACAGUGUGCGAUAAAAAGUCAUAAGUAACGAAUUCAACGAUUACCGAUCGCUUAAAUUAACAUUAUCUUUUUCCAACGAAGUAUUGGAUAUACUUAAAAGAGAAUUUUUCGCGUGAUGCACUCAGGAUAAUUUUUAAGUCCGCAAAAUCGAUGCUGAACGCGAUCAGAGUGCGAGACAAAAGGAGAAUGUAAUUUAUUUUUAUGUUUGUGUGUGUUUGUGUAAACAGAAUCUAGAGUGAUAUCUUCAGAUCUCGACUCAGUCUUCCAAGUAGUAUCGGCGGCAACCUUUACCACGCGUAUUUCACAGGCAUUAAAAUAUCGCGAUUAUCGAAUGCUCAAUGCUGUCGAACGUGUUUGGAAGACGUUAGAGAAAAAUAUAGGAGAUAAUUAUACUUAGGCAUCAUAAAUGUCGUAACAACCGCUGGAUGAGCAGUCUUCGAAUCAGUUAGUAUUUUAACAGAAGAGAAUAACAUUUUAUAAAAAUUUUAUAAUAGCAUAUGUUUUAUUUGAGAUAUAACAUAUGAUCAAAAUGAUACAUGUCAAAUAUGAUGCAUAUUUUUCUUUUUCAAAAAUAUAUCUGGUAAGUUAAAACAUUUAUGAUGUCCAGUAUCAGUGUUAACUUAGUGUAUGCUAUUUUGAUUAACUCUUUGUUGUAUUUUUAUGUAUAAUCGAAGGAUUAUUUCCUAAAAAAUGUCCACGGGUCAUUGUUGUAGAUUAUAUCUUAUCACUUUACUGGCCAAUCUUUCAGCACCAAUUCAAUCGUUAUAUCUCAUUCUCGGCCGAAUUAUAUUAUAAUAAAUCUCAAGGCAGCGGUGCUGUAACUUGAAACUCUAUGAUUGCAUAAUAAUCAUGACAGUAAUUUUUGCGCAUUGGUGCAGACUGAAUACAAUUGACUACAAAGUUAUUCAAAAUUAUAAUAUAAGUACGUUGACCAAUGAAAAUUUGGUAGUCGGUUUGUGUACACAAUACAAUUGUGUACAACAGUUUUUAGUAUACAUCUAUGCGCAUUAGUACCGCCAAUUAAAUUCGCUAUAAAAAAUAAAUAGCAUUUUAAACAAAUUAACUGACGAGUAAUUAUUCUGUCACUAUGAUAUAAUAUGCCUCGCGAAAACUGUGAGAAGAUUUAAAAAAAAAAUAAGUCUUCUGAAAUAUAAAGCCGUGUUGAG